AAGAGUAAACACUAUCGGGUAUAAAUGUAUAAACUCCGGUGAGUAGCUGGGUCACUCUCUCGGACAUCAACGUCAGGGUAUAAUUAACUAAAGAUGGCAGACAAACAGUGGCAAUCGCCAGUUCAGGUGCAGCCCAGACAAGGAACAGAAUGGAUGGCCACACCCCAGUCUGUCACCGGAAUACCUCAGGGACUUGAAUACCUCAGUGCUUUGGAUCAAAUUAUUGUCAAACAGAGGGUAGAACUAUUGGAAGUUAUAACUGGAUUUGAAACCAAGAACAAAUACGACGUAUUGAACAGCGUUGGACAACAAUGUUACUUCGCUCAAGAAGAGUCGGAGUGCUGUCACAGAAUUUGCUGUGGAUCAAACAGAGAGUAUGUGAUACACAUAUCGGACAACAUGGGCCAGGAGGUGAUGAGGGUCCGCCAUGACUUUGUCUGCUGUGUUGGAUGUUGCUGGUGUGCAACCGACUCUUCCUGUGGUUAUGAAGUCCAGAUCGAGGCUCCAGUUGGAAAUAUAAUCGGCUAUGCCAAACAACAAACUUCAAAAUGGAAGCCACAUUUCCGUGUGUUCGAUGCUAACCGUCAGCCAUUGUACGUCGUCCGAGGACCCUGCUGCGGUUGCCAGGCUAUUUGUUGCACAGAUGAUGUCAAUUUUCCUGUAUCGGAUUUGACUGAAACAAACGUUCUUGGUCGGAUUUUUAAGCGCUGGGCUGGAUGUGGACGUGAAUCAUUCACUGAUGCCGACACCUUUGGAGUCUCAUUUCCCAUAGAUAUGGCGGUAACGAGUAAGGCCCUUCUGUUCGGCACCGUCUUCCUUGUGGACUUUUUGUACUAUGAACACUCAGAAGACGAUAAUAACCAAUAACUGUUGGAGAAUUACCCGGUACUAGCUGGACACUAUAGAACAAAUACAAACCUGUGGACUGUGUCUGAAUCACACUUACUACUGGGCUGAAUAUAUCCUCAGUGUUUGAUACGCAAUCAAUAUCAUUGUUAGAUGUACACCUCUGAUUUGUCUCAUAGAUCAUUCUGUCCAGAAAAAGAGAACGAGACAGUAAAAUGUACACGUCAGCUCUAUUUUUAAUUUGUCUAUUUUAAUUAUGCAAAUGUAUUUCAUCUAUUUGAAUUGAUAAAGAAGUGAA